AGCUAAUGCACAGGUGUAAAUAGCCACACCGACGCUUAGCGGGCGGGCAAAAAUUAAGUGUGCAGCGUGCGAUAAAAGAUUACGGAUGCCAAAAACAGGUGGAAAAAUGUAAAAGAUCAGUUCAGAAAGGAGGUGAAAAAAAUACCCAUUCCCAGAUCGGGAGCCAGUGAACCACCUGUAAGACCAAAGUGGCAGUAUUUUGAACAAAUGUAUUUUUUAAAAGAUUUUGUUACUCCUUCCCCUACACAGGGGAAUUUGAUUUCUUGCAAUGAAGAUUCAAAUGAAAUCGAAGAACUUCAUUCCGUUGAAAAUAAUGAAAACAAUCUUCUUCACCCUCAUCAAUGCCGCUACGAACACCAUCUAGAAGCAGCUCAAUUUCUCAAGUACGUAAAAGGACCAAAAAAGAAUUUUUAAGUUUAGAAACUAAAAAAAUUGAAAUGU